UUUUACAAGAAGACAGACACAAUCCCUCCGGUAGAUAAACACAUAGGCUAUAUAUAUUUACUUAAAGGAGUACGAUUUUUUAAGCGCAGAGAACGGAGUUAGGCUACGGAAAAUAACAGACAGUGAGAUACCGACUGAAGUCACACACAGUACUACAGGAGAACCAGUGACUAUUUUACACCCUACAGGCCACCAGCAGUAUGAAAGUGAUGGCACCCUCCCUAUCCCAGGCCUAUAGGAGGCGCUGGUGGAUGGCAGGCUCGGCGGUGCUAGAGAACCUACUGUUCUCAGCAGUGCUGUUGGGUUGGGGUUCGCUGCUCAUCAUGCUGAAGCAUGAGGGGUUCUACUCUCACUUGUGCACAGAGAAUGGGACAGCGGGCAGGAACAUCACUGUGUUGGAGAGUGGUGAUUGGCUGAGCUGCGUGGAGCAGGAGGAGAUGCUGAAUCUGGGCUUCACCAUUGGUUCCUUCCUGCUCAGUGCUGCCACCCUCCCCCUCGGCAUCCUGAUGGACAAGUAUGGGCCCCGCCCACUGCGGCUGGUGGGAAGUGCAUGUUUCGCUCUUUCCUGUGCCAUGAUGGCUGUGUCUGCAUAUGACCCUGCAGUCCUCUCUACUAUUAUCUUCCUUGCUCUCUCCUGCAAUGGCUUUGGAGGGAUCUGUCUGACCUUCACAUCCCUCACGCUGCCCAACAUGUUCGGCAGUCUCAGUUCUACUGUCAUGUCCCUCAUGAUCGGAUCCUAUGCCUCUUCCGCCGUCACUUUCCCUGGCGUGAAGUUGAUAUACGAUGUGGGAGUGUCCUUCCAUGUCAUCAUGUGGGUGUGGUCUGGGAUGGCCUGCCUUGUGUUCCUCAACUGCUUCCUCAACUGGCCUGUGGAGUCCUUCCCCACUCCUGAUGAGAUCAACUACACGGAGAAGCUUGAGUUGAAUGAAUCAGCCCUGGAUCACCAAAGUCAUGUGACCAAUGAGGUCAAACAGCUGAGCCAGAAGGGGGAGGAGUCAGACCAAUCACAUGAGCAGUUCAUCGAACCUCCCACCCCACCCAACUCGGUGCCAUUCCGGAGGUCUGUAUGCUCUCCCAUCUUCCUCUGGAGCCUUAUCACCAUGGGGAUGACUCAGCUGCGACUCAUAUUCUUCAUGGGGGCCAUGAAUAAGAUGCUGGAGUUCCUGGUAACCCAUGGUGAUGCCCAUCCCUCAGAGGAAUUGCAGAAGCAGGUGGAAGAGAAAGUGGGGUUCUACUCUUCCAUCUUCGGAACCCUGCAGCUGCUAUGCUUGGUGACCUGUCCUAUGAUUGGCUACAUCAUGGAUUGGAAAAUGAAGGACUGUGUGGAGCACACAAGUGCCCAGAUGGAGGGAGAAAAGAGAUUUCCUGUGCCAGUAAAGAGAGACAAUAAAAUUCAGAAAAUCACCAAUGCCAUGCGAGCCUUCACCUUCACCAACCUGCUGCUGGUUAUCUUUGGAAUCAUCUCUCUUAUCGACAACUUACCUUUACAGCUCCUCACUUUCAUCCUCCAUACCAUGGUGAGAGGGUUCAUCCAUUCCUGCUGUGGUGGGCUGUAUGCCGCUGUGUACCCCUCUAAUCACUUUGGGACACUGACAGGCCUGCAGUCGAUGAUCAGCGCCGUCUUCGCCCUGUUCCAGCAGCUUCUCUUCAUCGCCAUGGUGGGGCCACUCGAAGGGGACCCAUACUGGAUCAACUUUGGUUUGCUGAUGUUCUCAAUGGCUGGCUUCCUGUUGCCAGGAUACCUCCUGUAUCUUCGUAGAAACCUGGUCCAGAAGAAGGAGGAGACAGAGAAGGAGGCGACAGGUCACCUAGUACUGGAAAGGGAGGCUCUCCAUCAGUUCAACAGCAACGACACCAAACACCAUAGGAACGGCCAGAUCACUCAGGAAGCUUAGGACAAUGUACACAAAUCUAAGAAUUACACAAAAAUUGUGACUUCUUAUAAUUAAUAAUUAAUUUUUCUAACAAGAACUACAGCAGCAAUGAUAGUUACAUUUUUUAAAGGUUUCCAACAGUUUUGUUUCUUCUUGUUAUUAUUGUUGUUGUUGGUGUCAUAUGAUGUUCAUCUAGCUCAAGCCAUUUAAUUUCAAACCAAAGUCCAAAACACUUGACUUGAUUCAGUGUCUCACGUCAGCAAGUUGUGUAGGAUUGUUGCUAUUAUUUGUAGUUUUUGGCCUGCAUGGUUCAUGUUAGUUCUAUUUUUUUGAAUGCAUGGUUAAUAUUACUUGUAGUUUUUGGGCUGUGUGGUUAAUGUUAUAGGAUUGGACGAUAUGUCAAAAUUUUCCUAUUGGCCACUGUCACCCCUGCAAUUGGCGAUUACCUAUAUAUUUGUACUGAGGGGGGCGCGGCUCCACGUGGUGUGGCUCCACAUCACGGCCUAUUUCGAGAUUUGAGUAACGGGUGUAGACAGAUCGCAGUUCUCCGAAGAAGCAGUAUCCAAAAUAAAUCUGCCUUUAGCUUAUCCUCUGACAUCCACCAUCUAUCUUUACUGAUCUCUCUUUCAGUAUGCCUGCUCUUCUUCAAUUAAACAAAAUAAAUCAUCCUGAGAUUUUGUCAGCUUGCGGGUUUCAGUGAGUGUAGCAGAGUCAGGCUGAACAGAUUCUGACAAAAUUUGAAAAUAAGUCCUUUGAUUAGUCACCUGGUUCAUUUUUAAGGUUUAAAAAAAGCAUGUACUAGUUAAUCAUGAUAAGCUGCAACCAGCUAUGAGUUUAUGUCGGGGUCACAACAUUCCAUUUAUAAAAUACUGAAAUGAUUCAUUCCAGACCACUUUCUUACUGUCACUGUCACUCUGGCAAACUGUUGUUGGCUUUGCUUUCUUUUUGGUGCCUGUUCCAAAGGCACGCUGGUACCAAGGAGGUUAAAAGACAAUGGCAGUUGGCAGCAUAGUAUGUAAUUAGAUAGUAGUGCCUCACCCAAUCAGCAGUGUCAAUACCUGGUGUAUGCACACGUGCAGUGCAACGUGAACAUUUUAGACAAGCAGGCUGAAAUACAGAGACUGACAGACCCACAGAAUGGUUUAUAGCUUACUAGCUGCUGGUCACAGCUAAAAAGCAAAGGUCUUUAAAUCAGCAAAAAACCAGCAAAAAUCCACUGGCUAUGGAUUCAGCCUAUUGCCCAUUCUUGAUGUAUUCGUCCAAUCGGCCAAUCCUAUAAUGUUAUAUUAUUUUUUAUUUUGUUUGUAUUUGUAACUGUAUAGUUAUCGUAGAUUGAGAUGGUAUUCCCAACCACAAAGCUUACACACAGACCUAUAGCAUUAUGCCUGAGUUUGUCCACAGCUGUGUCAUAUAUGUGUAUUGGAGAGAAAAGCAGUGUAUUCAAUUGGGAGGAGCCACUGCUUCUCUGACUACCUCUUCUGGAUGGUUCUCCAUCACACAACAGUGGCCUUUCAAAAUAAAAGCAUUGAAACUGCUUCAAUUGCAAUAGUGCAACCUAGAGGAGGUCACCAUCCUUGAUACUUUUUUAUGUGGUAAAACUCCCAAGUCAAAAACUUGUUCACUGCAACAAAAAAAAAAAGACCUUGCUGAAUAAUACUGGAUGCACUGUAUGGUUCUCACAUUGCAAUUGACUGCCAUUAUCUUUGUUGAGUUUUUUUUGUUGUUGCAACAUACACAUCAUCAGCAUUUUACCAAAUGGGAAUGCAUGUAAUCUUCAGCUGGAGGGACAAAGCAGCCAAACUUCAUUGUUCAUGGAGCCCCCCCCCCCCAAAAA